AUGAAGGAAACUGCUGCUAACACUGCUGCCUCUGCUAAGGCUGGCAUGGAGAAGACUAAAGCCGCUAUGCAAGAGAAGGUGGAGAAGAUGUCUGCACAUGAUCCUGUGCAGAAACAAAUGGCAAGCGAAAAGAAACAAGAGAGGAUGACACAAGCAGAACUCGACAAACUGGAGGCAAAACAGCACAAUGCGGCUUCUAGGCAGGCUGGUACAGCAACUGGACGUCAUGGACAGUAUACCGCUGAAGGGACUGGCGCUUACAUGACAAGUGGCCAAGACGCCCACACCCAUUCAGCAACUGGGGUCCCUAGUCACCCCACGGGAACCCAUCAAAUGUCGGCCAUGCCAGGACGUGGAACUGGACAGCCAUAUGGUGGGCAACUUGAAGAGGGCGUGACGAGGACCCACCCAAGUGGGCUGCCAGGUGACACCACCGGCCAUAAUACGCGUGCCGGUGGCACUGGGUAUGGGACUGGUGGCACUGGAUAUGGGACUGGGACGGGGACCGGGAUUUGA